ACUUAAUUACCCAGCGCGAAUCUCUCUAAUCUUUAUGACUUAGUUCAAAAAAGAUUCAACUCCUGCACAGAAACCCUAGCACAGCUGCUUAUCUUUGAUCAAAAAAUAAGUUGCGAACCCCAAAGCUCUUCAAUUCCGUGAAUCCUGCUUGUUCAUAAGAUUAGCUAAUAACGCACUCCCCUUCAUUCUCACACCAAAAAAAAUCCUUUUGACUUCUGAAAGCAAAAGGUGUUAAGUUACGUUAGCACCUCUCCCUCUUCAUCUUUCACACCUGCACUCUUUCUCCUCCUUAUAAAAUCAAAAUUCAUUUCUUCUCGUCAUUUAUUUGUUUGGAGUUCAGUUGUUAUAUAUCUAAAGAUUAAGAUGCAUAGAUCGGCGAGCACUAGUAGAGCUUCAGAGGAGUUCUUAAUCAACUUAUCCCCCGGAACAAAGGGUUCUCCAGGGAUGAUGAUAAAAACAGCUGCUGCAGAUAUUGAUAAAAUUCCGAUAUAUAAUCUGUUAGGUUCUGAUGUUGGUGCUACUAGUAAGAAAGAUAGUCAUGUUAAGCCAGGGGAAAAUGUGGUUCAUCUUAUUCCCGUAAUCCUUGUUCUAUGUGCUUUCAUUCUUUGGAUCUUUUCUCAUCCAGUUGUAGACAUGACAAGCAAAGAUGGUUCAGUGGUACAAGUUGAAGGGUUGAAUGUUCAUGGACAGAGUAAUCAAAGUCAUAUGCCAUCUAACACGAAAUCGGUGGAGUUGGAAGCAGCAGCAAAGCAAGAUAGAGACGGGAUUCUCCAAAAGAUUGUGGUCAAUAAAUCUUGAUAAUUGUGUGUUGGAUCAAAAUUCACCGAGAUUGAAAAUUUGCAAGAGUGAAUACUUUCUUUAUCUUCUGAAUUUUACUUCUUGUUUUAAUUUAAUAUAAUACGAGUAUAUAGGACAAUUGAAACAUGAUAUUUUGAU